CGAAAGGUGAGGGCCACGUGACCCGUAAUUAAUUUCGAUGUCACAACCUUGAUGCAAGGCCGGCGACGACUUCAGUGCUGUUUCAACAACGAAAUCCCAUAACAACGCAACACAAUCAGGGCGGGUUGGACGACCUGCAGCAUCAUCUCAUCACGACGCUUCCUGUUGCCGAUUCGUUCUGCCUUUCAGCCACCGAGGCUCCAACUGGCCGCCAACAACAUGAAAAUCGGCGCAAAGUUCCCGUCCCGGAUGCCCACAUCCUACGUCCUAAAACAAAUCGCAGCCCCACCACCCGCCGCCGCCUAUCACCCCACAACCCUCCUCGACGGCAAGGUCCGCCCGCCACGAAUCAGCUACCGCGACCAGGGACGGAUACGGAAAGCCUGCCGGAUGGCGGGCAUAGAUCCGGCCUCCAUUGGCCUGCCGCCGGAGGUUGUGACGUAUCCUGCUGUGAAGCAGCCGAAGGGGAGUGAGAAGGAGGUGAAGAAGUAUACGCGGGAGAAAAAUAUUGUGGAGAAUAUGGCGAAAAUGGAUGAGCGGAUAGCGGAGUGGAAGGAGGAGAGACGGAAACUCAAGGAGUCUACAAAGCCAGAACUUCCAUUUUAGAGAUGCAGUAUCAUUGUGAGAAUUGUAUCUACACACGCCCAAGAAACAUAUUUAAAUUAAACAUGAUGGAAGGGA